CACGUUCCCUCUCGCCAUGCAAACCUGUCACAGUGGAGCCUUCUUCCCCCACCCCCCUGGUGGCUUGAAUCCGCAAACCGGCGGCGUACUGAUGCUGCUGCUGGUGGGUGUGCGUGAGCGCUGUCAGCAGCUCGGAUAAAUCCGGGGAUGCAGCGGUUGCCUCGCAGAUUAUACUCAUUAUCCCUGGCCGCGCUGCUGCGCAUGUCCCAUCCCACGCCCGCGCACAGACGUCGCCACCGCCACUACCGCCGCCGUCGCUCGCCGCUGGGGCUUCUUCUCUCGCAACAGCAGCCGUCAAUUUUUAGUACAUCUGCAGGAGCAGCCCGUGCUUCUGCGCGCGGUACGGGAUGCUAUACGGGAUGUGCGUAGUAGUGUACGGGUACGCUGUGCGGUAGAAUGCAGGUAAAGAAUGUAGCCGAGUAUUUAUAGAGAGAGGCACACAUCGCGCAGUGGCUGCGAUCGCCCGUCCGCGCGCGUUUUUAUUUAUUUAUAUAGAGAGGCUUACUAUAUACUGUAACGGGCACUCGCUUUUAGAUUAUUAUUAUGACAUAUGUCGGCACUUGACGCCAGCGCCCAGCCCCAAUCCGUACACGCCCGGUCCGUAUUUAUAGCAAAUGUUUGGGUGUUCUUGGCGAAAACGGUGGGUCGGCCGCCGGUGGAGAGCGAGCGAGCGGCGGCACCGGCGAGCAGAGAAGCGGCGGGGAGCUGCGGGGCUCUGCGCGCAUCCGUGAUCCGGGGUGCGCGCAUGACCAGCGGAUAGAAGGAGCCCCUCACCCCCCACUCCCCACAGAUCUCCCCACCUUCCUACCCCCCAAUCAACCUAGACCCGCCACCCCUACAUCCCACACAUCCACCUAUCCAUCCACCCGCAUACCAAACGUGGCCACCCAAACCUACCCAAACAUACCUACCCGCCGAACCAGACUUCCCAUUUGCCGCUCCUCCCCCAUCCACCCCUCGACACCCAAGUCAACCUAACCAUCAAGCAGCAGCAACAACGCCAGCAGCAAGCUCUACCCCCCUCCCCCCAGCGACCCCGCCAGCCUGUGCAUGGAUGGCACUGCCAUGGAUGACUCGCCGUUCCAGAAGGUGAAGUCCAGGCGAAAGCGAUGUCCUUGCAUUCCCGGACGGCGCGCCGAGGCGCUGGGCUGCGAGGAGGAGUUCAGCUGCCGAGAGCUCGAGGGCCUCUUCCUGAGCUACAACCUCAAGCUGGAGCAGACUGGUACGCUAAAGGCGCUCGCCGUGCUCAUCGUCACCACGGCCACCAUCGCCGUGGUGGAGCUCACCUCGUCGCCCACUAUCACGGUGGCGAAGGGCUCCAAUCCCAUCCACUGCGUCAUCUUCACGUCGCUCUUCAUCGUCACGAACGUCAAGUACCUGCAGGUGACUCAGCUGCAGCAGAUCGUCAACCUGACGCUGCUCUUCAGCUUCACCUUCUCGUUCCUCUGCUGCCCGUUCCCCUUCACGCUGGGAAUGUCGGGGCAGCCGCCGUCUCACGGCAUGUGGCAGCUCAUGCUCGUCACAUUCGUGGUGUACGCUCUGCUGCCUGUGCGGACUUUACUCGCUCUGCUCUUCGGGCUCAUGGUCUCCAUCUCCCACUUCAUCGUCACGGCCACGUCGGCGCCGCCGUUACCGAACGGCUUGUGGAGGACGUUGCUGGCAAAUGUGUCUCUCUUUGUGAGCGUGAACCUCUCGGGCGCCUUCAUUCGCGUGCUCACCGAGCGCGCCCAGCGCAAAGCCUUCCUGCAGGCACGCAACUGCAUCGAGGAUCGCCUUCGACUGGAGGACGAGAACGAGAAGCAGGUCUGCGACACAAUCUUGGUCCACACCAAAGAAAGGUUCUCCUUUACCGACCACCUUGAGCGUCUGCUUAUGAGUCUCCUGCCGAGGCACGUGGCCAUGGAGAUGAAAGAGGAUUUCCUAAAGCCCCCAGAACGAAUCUUUCACAAAAUCUACAUCCAGCGGCAUGACAAUGUAAGCAUCCUUUUUGCAGAUAUCGUUGGGUUUACAAGUCUGGCAUCGCAGUGUACGGCGCAGGAGCUCGUUAAACUGCUUAAUGAGCUUUUCGGAAAGUUUGAUGAACUGGCUACGGAGAAUCACUGCAGGAGGAUUAAAAUUCUGGGCGACUGUUAUUACUGCGUCUCAGGCUUAACGCAGCCUAAGGCUGACCACGCUCACUGCUGUGUGGAGAUGGGUUUGGACAUGAUUGACACCAUCACGUCAGUGGCGGAGGCAACUGAGGUUGACCUGAACAUGCGAGUGGGGCUGCACACUGGCCGUGUGCUAUGUGGAGUGCUGGGCCUGCGCAAGUGGCAAUAUGAUGUAUGGUCCAAUGAUGUAACGCUUGCCAAUGUAAUGGAAGCUGGUGGUCUGCCUGGAAAAGUGCACAUCACAAAAUCCACCCUGGACUGUCUGAAUGGGGAUUAUGAAGUAGAGCCUGGAAACGGAAAGGACAGAAACAGCUACUUGAGAAAGCACAACAUUGAAACGUACUUCAUCGUUCCGUCGCACCGCAGGAAGAUCUUUCCAGGCCUGAUAUUGGCUGACAUUAAACCAGCUAAGAGGAUGAGGUUUAAGACCGUGUGUUACCUCCUGGUACAGCUGAUGCACUGCCGUAAGAUGUUCAAGGCUGAAAUCCCCUUCUCAAACGUCAUGACCUGCGUGGAUGACGAUAAGGGCCGGGCUAUGCGCACGGCCUCCGAGAAACUGCGCCACCGCUCCUCCUUCUCGUCGACGCUGCUCCACAGCAGCCCAAGCUCCCGCGUCAACCGCUACAUCACGCGGCUUAUCGAGGCUCGCAGCACAGAGUCCGACAUGGCCGACAUGCACUUCUUUUCCCUCUGUUACAAGCAGUCAGAACGCGAGCACAAGUACCACCAGCUGGAGGAUGAGUACUUCACGAGUGCUGUCACACUUUGUAUGAUUCUGGCUGCUAUCCUGGGCCUUAUUUACCUGCUGCUCCUUCCACCGAACACUGUGGUGGUGGUGCUGCUCGUAGCGUCAAUCUGUUUCCUUGUGAUUUGCCUUAUGUAUUUGCAUAUUGCACAUGUACAGUGUUUUCCAGGCUGCCUAACGAUACAGCUACGGACUACCCUGACCCUCUGUAUCAUUGCCCUAAUAUUCUCCACUGCUCAGAGCUGUGUGGUGGCCUGCAUGACGUGGUAUUGGACAGAAGUUGGAAACUCUUCCAUUGCGACUGUGACGCCCACGUCCGAGUCAGGACUUGUGUCGGUGUCCACGUUGUCGGUUACGCCCCAAACCCUGCCGGCUCUGGAGGUUUCCCAGUUCAACAGCACCUUGUCCGGAGUAACUGCGACCACAGCAAGUCCCUCCGCACUGGCAUACACGCCAGCACCCAGUGACUUGGCACAGUAUGGCCUGCUGGGCUGCCUCAACAGCAUCCUCACACUCUCCCUCUUCCUGCGCGUCUCCUCCCUGCCCAAGCUGCUGAUGCUCAUCUUGCUGUCUGUGGUCUACGUUCUGGUGCUAGAGUUAGGGGGAUAUCGUCACAUUGCCGGGACGAGUGCGCUGUACAUGAAGGCAUACGAGCCGGUGCUCACAAUCUUGCUCUUCAUCUGCGCCAUGAUCCUGCACUCUCGCCAGCUGGACCUCAAGCUCCGGCUAGACUACCUUUGGGCUUCCCAGGCAGAAGACGAGCGAUGCGACAUGGAGAAGGUAAAAAACGACAAUAAGCGCAUCCUGUUCAACCUGCUGCCGGCCCACGUAGCACAACAUUUCCUGCAGUCCAACCCACGCAACAUGGAUCUGUAUUACCAAUCCUAUUCGCAAGUAGGUGUUCUUUUUGCUUCAAUACCAAACUUCAACGACUUCUACAUAGAACUGGAUGGAAACAACAUGGGGGUGGAGUGUUUACGGCUACUGAAUGAAAUCAUCGCGGAUUUUGAUGAGCUUCUGGAUAAGGAAUGCUUUAAGGACAUUGAAAAAAUUAAAACGAUUGGGAGCACCUACAUGGCAGCUGUUGGAUUGGUUCCAACAUCAGGGACAAAGGCCAAGUGCUCCAUCAUCUCCCACUUGAGUUCAGUUGCUGAUUUUGCAAUGGAAAUGUUUGAUGUGGUGGAUGAAAUCAAUUAUCAGUCCUACAAUGACUUUGUGCUUAGAGUUGGAAUCAGUGUUGGGCCCGUUGUGGCUGGGGUCAUUGGUGCUCGCAGGCCGCAGUACGACAUCUGGGGGAACACAGUCAAUGUGGCGAGUCGUAUGGACAGCACAGGCCUACCAGGAAAAAUACAGGUGAGUGAGGAUGUGUACAAGAUCCUAAAGCAGAGCAACUACGAGUUCACCUGCCGUGGAAAAGUCACCGUGAAGGGCAAAGGGGAGAUGCUCACAUACUUUCUGGAGGGAAAGCAGGGCCUGGAGAGCUGCACGGCUGAGGGAGGGCUCGCCCGUGCCUCGUUUCAGGAACGCAGGAUGUAUCCAAUCAACAGAGUGGCUCUCAAAUAUGUUGCGGGCUGGGACUCUGGAGCCUCUUCAGACGUUGUAGUCGGCGGCGACAGAUUCUCACUGAGGGCGAUCGCCAACGCAACGGUCCCCAGUUUCUCUGCUGUGCCUGCCGUGGCCGAGAUGUCCGUCUGACUGGUCCAUUUGGAACUUGUAUGCGUGUUGCUGAUGGGGGAUUGUAAAAGCUAGAAAACAACCGCACCACUUUUAGCCUCCUCAUUAACACUGCCAAAUAAUCGUAACAUUUAAAGUAUUAUCGAGGCAGUAUGUGUUUCUGAAGGGUUCACCACGUUUAAAACUGUCUGCUGCGUUAUCUGUAGACCAUAUGCUUGUAACUGCGACCCGACCAAGCAAUUGCCACGCUAAAUGUCCUCACUUUUGACAACUGUAAAAGCUUCAACUGGAAAGCAGAUCUCGUCACAGCGACCAUUAGCCAAUCUACAACCAACCUCUGGGUAGUAAAAGUCCUGUCUGCUCUGACAUAUAAUCAUAGUUCAUGUCAAAGGAGACGUUUUACCCAUUUAACUUUUAAACUCAGUUCAUUGGUGUUGCUUCCCUGGACACUACCAACCCACAUGUUGCAACCAAAGCAACUGUCAUCAUACAAAUGUCAUUCUUUCUGUACAUUCUUGCACACUGUACAGUAUUAUGGCUGUUAUAUUCAACCUUCAAGUGACCAAAAUACUGUCAUGUUUUUUUUUGUUAACUCCUUUUGGUAGCUUGUGUUAACACUUGUCACUGGUAUCAAUCAUUGUCACUCACACUUGCCAUAUAUUUGCCUCCAAUUAUUGCCCCUAUUUGACUGCCUUUCAGUUAAAAAAUUAUACUGCCAAAUGUUUUUAUGACAAACUAAAGUGCUUCAACACUGAUAUGCCUCUUCUCGUAUUGCAGACAUUUUCAGUGACGUAUGUAGGAAUUUUUCUAAUGCUAAAAACUUUUGAAAGACCAAAAAAGACAGAGACUGUAGUAGGAAACAUAAUCGAACGCUGAGUGUUAACAUUAAUUUCAGUAGGGCAAAAUUAUUAGCAUUACAAAAGUAAGUUUGUAUCACUAUGAUUCCAAGUCAAUGCUGGUUCUAUGAGAGGAAUUUGCCAUCUUUUAACAUUUUUCAAAUCAGUUUUCCAGUGUGCCACAUUAAUAUUUAGUCAUUUGUUGCUUUUUAACACAAAUGAAACAUGGAAUGCUUUCCACACUAUAUUAAUCUUCUGAUUUAUCUAAUUAUGUUUUGGGCAUGUUUUGUUGGUGUGUUUGAAGCAUCAGGGAUUGUGUUGAAUGCAAACAUUUAUUUGUAACUUUUUUUUAUCUGAUCUUGUGAUAAGCAGUCUUAUUUUGUGGGUAAAGUUUCACACUGUGUUUACUAUUUGUGGCACGUCAUAGAGUAAAACUAACUUCUUUGGUUUAUUAUACAAACAAGCUAAUACCUAACCUCAUAGUGACAGGCAUGACGCAUGCAUUAACUGUAUAUUAAACGUGUACGUUUUGCACAAACGUGUUCAACGGCAUGGCUUAUCGCAUGGCAUCACCUCUGCACAGUGUAUUGUAACAUUUUUUUUCAUGCAUGUUGAAGCAUGCUGCAUUUUUGUAAAAAAUGAGCAGUGUGUGUCCCCAGUUUAUUAUCUGGAGUAUUCACUUUAUAAUGUGUUGUAUAUUAUGUAAGUGGAUGUAAUAGAAAUUUGAUACAGCAAUAUUUUAUGAAUUAUUAAAUUUAAAAGUAAGAAAAGAAAACUGAAAAAAGUAUUUUGUGAUUUGAAAUUUUUGAGUGGCCAGAUUUUUUUACGAAAAAUGUUCUAAAAAAAGGAACUGUCGACAUUACCAAUACAGGUGAAUUCGUUUUCAUUUUAUUUGCUGAAAGAAGCACAAGUGAAAAUGGUUUAGAUGUAGUAAACCCGUUGUCUGUUCCUCUAGGUAAAUGAAGUUGUCUCCCUGGGUGGAUGUUGACUUGUUUAAUGCGAAUACAUGCCUGGGCAUUGUAUUGAAAUUAAAGAUCCAUUUUUAUGUUGCUA